GCACGAUUGGAACAAACUGCAGUGGAACUUGUCCUUCAGGAUACUUUGGGAAGUUGUGCAAAGACAAGUGUAAUUGUGCAGAUAUAUACUGUAGUAACAUCAAAGGAUGUCUGAUACACACAGACCAUACAACAUCAUCGACAGAGACGAAAUUAGUAACGCCAGAAUCUCAAUCAAAAUCAAAGGAGAAAAUGAUUGCGUCCACUUGGAACAACUUAACAUUUACCUUCUUUGGGUGUAUCGGUACACUGUUCAUCGUAGGAGCGAUGUGUUACAUCAAAACCUGGUUCAUUGAAAUGAAAUUCCGAACUAGAGGUAUUCAGUUUGAACCACCAGAAUUUUACCACACUGGAAAUGCUAAUAUUACAACUAUCCAAAACCUGGAAAACAUGUUGAAUGAGGGGCAAGAAGACUGUCCAAUUGCUACAGAUUGCCCGGGUUUGGCAGAAGGAAACAAAACAAUGUGUGACGAUGCCUAUAUAGAUCCUCAAACCAGAAACAUCUACAAUGACCUCAAUCCAAACAAUGUACACAAAGCAGGGCAAAAUGGAGUCAUAUCUAAAAGUUCAAGGCUCAAAGAAAUCGUGGAACAUAAGGUUAGAGAUCUUCAAAGUGACGGGGCUGAAAAUAUCUACUGUAGAAUAAUGUUAGGAGAUGAACAGCCACAGCGUGAUGAUUUAGACGAAGAUGAUUCAGACGACGAUGAUAAAAAUGAUGAUCUCAGGUAUGAACAACCCUGGUCACAGCUGAGGAAUUAUGACGGGUAA